AUGGGUGUCCCCUUCGAGGCCUUGCUUCCUUUUGGAAUCAUCAUCGGUUCCCUCACUGCUGGUGCUGGUGGUAUCUGGGCUGUGAAGUAUUAUGCCAACGGCUGGAAGCAGCCGCGUUGGAACCUUGACCUGUGGGAUAGAGUAGUGAUGGAGAGAGACCAAAGAAUGACAGGAAUAUUCCGAGGUCAAUCGGCCAACCCCACAGCCCCCACGGGAUUCGAACUCAACAACCCCUGGAAGCUCGAGAAACGGAUUUACUAA